GCCAUGGAUUACAGUGCUCACGAUCCCGACCAUCCUGUCGACAGCGAUCCAUGGGCUUCGUCACCUCAUGCUCACCGGACUUCAUUCGGCCCGCCUCCGACCAGCGACAUUCCGUCGCCCCCGCUACCUGCGCAGGCUUCGCCAUAUGGCGAGAACAGCGAGCAGUACGGCUACCUAGGUGACCAGGAUGCGCAAAGCCGGCCGGGCACAGCGCCUGAGAAUGGCGACCAUGCAGAGCAACAACAGACGCACGGCCAGGACGCGCCUCGAUCACCUCAACCACCGCCCCAGGGCCAACCCGGACAACAGCCACAAAGGUACCAUGGCACCAGGCCACAGCGACAGCAGCAGCAGCAGCAGCAGUAUAAGCUUCAGGCCAAGGUUACAGGACUUGAGCGGAACGGCAAGAAGGACCCGAUCCUUCGAUUCGAUGUCUACACCAAUCUCCCCAAGUUUCGAACGACGCAAUUUCGCGAUGUGCGACGCCUACACUCUGAAUUCGUAAAGCUCGGCGAGCACCUCAUUUCGGCAUGUCCUGAAGCUAUUGUGCCUGCAGUGCCGCCAGCAACGACGUCGGCAGGCGCUGGGACGGAUGAAGACGAGGCGCGGCUGAAGAUGUCGAUGCAGCGGUGGCUCAACAUUGUGUGCAGCAACGAGAUACUCAUACGCGACGAGGAGAUGGUCUUCUUCGUGGAGAGCGACUUUGGCUACAGCCCCGUGGUGCGGAGGAAGCAGCCGGCGACUGGCGUGCGCCGCAAGAUGAUUAAGCAGUUUGCGCCGCCACCAGACGACACGCCAGAACUCGCUGCAGCACGACCGGUGGUCAAGGCUUUCUACCUCGGCACAAUGGAGGCCGAGCAGAAGCUGGAAAAGGUGGUGAAGCACCGACGAAGUCUUGGGGUUGCCGAGUCUGAUCUUGGUGCCAAGUUUGCAGCACUCCAAGUGCAAGAGACACACGUCGGCCUGGCUCACGCAUACAAGAAACUGGGGAAAAUCAUCCAGGCUACGGGCGACUUUCAUGCUGCUCAGGGAACAGUAGAGGCGACGACUCUUGGCGACCCACUGCAGUACCACAGCAGCGACGCCUUUAUUGCAAAAGAAACUUUGACGAAUCGCCAUAUUCUGUUGCGUGAGUUGCUGCAAGCACAAUCAGCAACGCGGUCCAAGCUGUCUGCGGCUGACCGGCUGAAGGCCAGCUCGAGCGUGAAGCGAGACAAGGUGGAUGAAGCAAUUGCUGCUUUGGAUGAGGCGAGGAGUCAUGAGCAGUACCUGACGCAAAAGGCGCAGCGGGUUACGGCGAAUCUUCUGCAAGAACAGCGACGAUGGUUUGACCGGACGACACAGGACAUGCGGCAGGCAAUCCGGGAAUAUGUGGUUCGCCAGAUUGAGGCGGAGCGACGCACGCUGGCUACGCUCGAGUCUGUCCGGCCAGACAUUCGCGCAAUUGAUGGCAGCGGUGGACUCUCGCGCCUGGGUCGUGAGGCGCAUCCAGCACAGCGACGCGCGUCCAUGGCCAGCUCGCAAGGACCAAAGGGCGAUGCAUGGUCGGGGGUGCCACGGCGACCGGGCGAUGGGCUCAAUCGCAGUGUCAGCGGAAGCUUUGCGGCUCCACUUCCCGAGGUGGACGAGGACGACGAGGAUUCGAUCAACGGGCGGAAGCGUGCAACAAGCAAAGCGGGCAGCCAGCAAGGGAUUGAAGAGGACGACGAUCGCAUUGAUGCGAAAAACGCAGCCAGCAGGCUAGCGACGACGACGUUCUAGAAGCGGGUUUGGUUUGUGGUGGGGGGGUGGUUGAAACGUGUAAUGACAGGGCUGGGCAGGCUAGGA